CACGAGACUCUAGACAUCCCCAACGAGAAACAACCACUCGCCCAGAAUGCAGUUCUUCACUACCAUCCAGGCUCUUGCCCUGCUCGCCACCGGCGCCCUCGCCAUGCCCAACAACAUCGAGGCUGCCGACCUCGCUGCCCGUACCCUCGAGGCUCGUGUCAAUUGCAACCAGAUUCUGCCGGCUUGCAACGGCGGCCACGUCGUUGGACAGACCAACUGCCGCUGCAAAGGCCAGAAGGAGACAUGCGACCUGUGGACCUGCCCUGGCGGGUCCCCCAAUGUCAUGGUCUGUGGUCAGGCCGGUACCGGAUGUGUCUGGGUCUAAGGGAUGAGCACUUGUCUCCUCAGAAAACCCUGGUGCCGCCAACUGUCGUGUCCAUGUCUUCAAGGUUCUUGCAAAGGGUACAAUGUACAAGCGGCUAGGCCAUGGACACCAGCAUGAUCCUGAAUAUCUGAUGUUGGAGUUUUCUCUUCUACGUAUACGACUAUAGUCACUCUUUAAAAGCCAAUGCCAAAGAUAUUGCCUGGGCCCGGGCAUUACCU